AUGACCAACAACGGCAGUGAUGCUUCGAACGGUGAAGAACCCUCUGUAACUGAAUUCGUGUCUCCCUCUGGUUCGACCCUCAUCUGUGGUGGUGCUGUUCCCGGCACACAAGGGCGCAACGGACACUCUGCUUGGUCCGACCUCAGGUUCUUUAUGGCUGGCAGAGCCUCAUUCGGAGCCGCUCCUGCGUGCGGUGGCUGCCCGACGCAGAUGCAGGUCUGA